AAGAGAGUCGAUAUGAAGAUUCUGAGAUUCAACAACAUAAUCCAUUUAUACCAUCAAUACGUCCUCUGUGACUUCACUGUUUACUCUCUUUUCAGCUCUGUGACUUCACUGUUUACUCUCUUUUCAGCUCUGUGACUUCACUGUUUACUCUCUUUUCAGCUCUGUGACUUCACUGUUUACUCUCUUUUCAGCUCUGUGACUUCACUGUUUACUCUCUUUUCAGCUCUGCAGCUGAAGAGUGUUCAUUUUAAAAUAUACAGUAGUUUGUAGAAUCGUUUUUCUAUUUGAAUUUCUUUACAAUCUAAAGUAGUUAGAAUCCCUUUGCCACAUUAUUUCAGUUGCUUUAAUUAGUCUAAUUUUCUCUGUCUUCUUUAUCUGCCUCCUUUGCCCCUGCUUUGUGUACUGCAUAUGUUACCUCCUUCUCCUGUCCCCUUCCUCUGGGACCCUUCUGUCCCCUGACUGUCCUGUCCCCCCCGGUCAGACUCCUCAGGUCCCCCAACCUGCCUCUGGACAGGGACAGCCCCCAGGCCCCAUCAGCUGUACUCAGGCCUGGAGCUCCAACGCUCCUCGCCCCUCUCCUCUCUCAGCGGCGCUAUUGAACUCGUUCCCGGCUAUCUUUGACGAACUGCUUCAGAUGUUUACAGUCCAGGAAGUGGCAGAGUUCGUACGGGGCACGCUGGGCAGUAUGCCAAGCACCGUACACAUCGGACAGUCCAUGGACGUGGUCAAACUGCAGUCCAUCGCUCGCACCGUCGACAGCCGCCUCUUCUCUUUCCCAGAGUCUCGAAGGAUCUUGCUUCCUGUAGUUCUACAUCACAUCCACCUCCACCUGAGACAGCAGAAAGAGCUCCUCAUCUGUUCUGGCAUCCUCAGCAGUAUCUUCUCCAUCAUCAAGACCAGCUCUCUGGACACCCCAGUGCAGGAGGAGGUAGAGAUGAUGGUGGAAUCUCUCCUGGAUGUGCUUCUCCAGACCCUGCUGGCCAUCAUGACCAAGUCUCAGUCCCAGGAGGCGGUAAGAGGCCAUCGCUGCCCACAGUGCACGGCUGAGAUCACUGGAGAAUAUGUGUCCUGCCUCCUAUCCCUGCUGCGUCAGAUGUCUGACAUCCACUUCAACCAUCUACUGGACAACUUCCAGAGCAAAGAGGAAGUCAAGGAGUUCCUUCUGAAGAUAUUCUGUGUGUUUCGUAACCUGAUGAAGCUCAGUAUUUUUCCCCGGGACUGGAACGUGAUGAGGCUGCUGACCAGCAACACCAUAGUGACAACUGUCCAAUAUCUGUCCCCGGCUUUGCACAAGAACUUCACCGAGGCUGACUUUGAAUUCAAGGUGUGGAACUCAUACUUCAGCCUGGCUGUUCUCUACAUCAGCCAGCCCAGUCUACAACUAGAGAACACCACCCCAGCCAAGAGGAAAAACGUGUUGGACAAGUAUGGUGACAUGAGAGUGAUGAUGGCCUACGAGCUGUUCAGCAUGUGGCAGAACCUCGGUGAGAACAAGAUCCACUUCAUCCCAGGUAUGAUAGGGUCCUCUGGGUGUGACCCUGGUGCCUUCAGGGGGAGGUCAGGAAUAUCAUGA